AUGCUCCUAAUGCGACCUCGUCUAGGAUAUCCAGCCAUCUACCGACUGGUACCAAUCCAAAUGGCUGCGGCUCGCGGCCUUACCAGCAUUGUCAAUGAGCUUCUCCUGAAUGAUGUCUCGGUCGAUGAGGGCGGCGGUUGUAACAUGCCGCCACUUCAGUUUGGCAUCUGUGGAGGACGAUUUGAGACUGCCAAAUUCUUGAUUGAAAAGGGAGCAUUACUUAAAUUCGCAGAAUCGAAUACAGCCGCCCAUUUCGCCGCUACAUCUUGCUCAACUGACAUCAUGGACUACCUUGUAAAAGGGGAACUCGACAUAAAUGCAUCAAAUAUUUUGGGGGACACUCCAAUGUGCUGUGCUCUCUCUUCACCCUUCAAUAUUUGGAAGACGAUGGUUCCGUAUCUUAUCCAGCGUGGUGCCCAGACACAACAACCUAAGCAUCACGAGCCGCUCUGCUCAAUCUCGAAUUCAACGCAGCCAUCUAUCUUGAGAAUCCACAAUCUCUCGCAACUAAACCAGGUCCACUCUACAACAGAGAAGUUUGGAAAAUCAUCAACAGAGAGUGUAGAGAUGCUGCGUUCUUGGACCGGUUCUGCGGGUCGGUCGUCCAGAGUGGCGACUUGGAAUUUUUUCCUACACAUCUCUGUGGAAAACAUCAUCUGCCUCGAAAUCGCAAAGGGUAAUAUUGAGGAGGCUUUCGAAAUCACACCGCAACUGUUCCAGCUUGUCCAAAUCGCAAGACAAGUGCGUGAGCGAUGGGUACGCAAUCACCUACCCCGUUCACUGAUAAAGUUGAUCGACGAACUAGUCUCGAGCGAGUUCACGCUAGAUUGCAAGGGUGCGCAGCGCUUAAUAUAUCGCAUCCCUUUCUAUUUUGAAAACUUAGAUGCGCCUGACAACUUGGAUGAGACUGACAGCGAGCCUGAUAGCGAGCCCGACAUGGGUUAG